AACUCACUCCUAAAUACUCACACACAUAUAUAUAUGUACAUACAAACAUAUAUUUCUUUCUAGUUUCAACCUAUAAAUAAACAAAUAUUCCAAUUCUGCACUAUCGGAAAACCCAUUGCAAAUUCCGGGUUCUGUUUAUUUCUUCAAAAGAUUGGAUCUUGCUCAACUUUCUGAGCUGGGUGUUAUUGUAUAAGUUUGUUUUGUGGAAUUAUAAUAUAUAUAUACAGUAUAUUUUAUGCUGUUCUUAAAAAAGAUCUGAUCUGAAAAGGACAAAAAGAAUCUGGGUUUUAAUGGUGGCCUUUGAAGAUUUGUUCUUGCAAGGUUGUUUGAUAUUAUAAAUCAGUAGCUUUCAUUUCAAGUUUUGGUCUAUUAAGCAAGAAAGAUAUUAAAAGACUUGUUUCCAUAUAAAUAGAUAUAUAUAUAUAUGGAUUGAAGAAUCAAUUCGAUGGAUGCAAUGUCGAAAACAUUAGCAUCUUUCGGGUUGAUUGCAUUGUUGCUAGUGUGUGUCUUUGCUUCUGAUGAUGAUGGGUCGGAUAACGGGUGUAAUUGUGAGGUUGAGGGCUUUUUCGGGUAUAGAAAUAUUAUGGAAGCACAAAGAGUGAGUGAUUUCUUGAUAGCAAUUGCUUAUUUCUCGAUUCCAAUCGAGUUAUUGUGGUUUGUUAGUUGCUCAAAUGUGCCUUUCAAAUGGGUACUCUUUGAGUUCAUUGCUUUCAUAGGAUUUUGUGGAAUGACACAUUUGUUAAACGGUUGGACUUACGAACCACACGCGUUUCAGCUCAUGCUGGCUCUCACCAUUUUUAAGUUCCUUACGGCUUUGGUUUCAUUUGCAACUGCGAUUACUUUGGUCACUCUUAUUCCGUUGCUUUUAAAAGUGAAGGUAAGAGAGUUUAUGUUAAAGAAAAAGACUUGGGAUCUUGGUAGAGAAAUGGGUAUGAUUAGGAAACAGAAAGAAGCAGGGUGGCACGUUCGUAUGCUCACUCAAGAGAUCCGAAAGUCACUUGACCGGCAUACUAUUCUCUACACUACGCUGGAUAAGUUGUCUGAGACAUUGGAUUUGCAGAAUUGUGCGAUUUGGAUGCCUGAUCCUGCUAAAACAGUGAUGAAUCUUACCCAUCAGUUAAAAGGGGGACACUCUUCAACGAGGUAUGAUUUCUCGAUCCCAAUUCAGGAUCCUGAUGUUCAAGAAGUUAAAAAAAGUGAUGGGGUGAAGUUACUUGAUCAAGAAUCACGACUCGCGACUCUAAGCAGUGGAGGAUCCGAUGCACCUGGAGCAGUUGCUGCUAUAAGAAUGCCGAUGCUUAGAGUUUCUGAUUUUAAAGGAGGGACCCCUGAAAUGAUUCAGGCUUGUUACGCGAUUCUUGUGUUGGUUCUUCCUGGUGGAGAAGUUCGGUCUUGGACUAACCCUGAACUCGAGAUAGUCAAGGUUGUGGCUGACCAAGUAGCUGUGGCCCUCUCACAUGCUGCGGUUCUUGAAGAAUCUCAACUCAUGAGAGAUAAAUUAGCUGAACAAAAUCGAGCUUUACAGCAAGCAAAACAGGAUGCCAUGAGGGCUAGUCAAGCUAGGAACUUAUUUCAAACUGUGAUGAGUAAAAGCUUGAGAAAACCUAUGCAUUCGAUCUUGGGCUUGCUUUCAAUUGUACAAGAUGAGAAUCUGAGUGACCGGCAACGUGUUCUAACCAAUUCCAUGGUGAAAACAAGUAAUGUCCUCUCAAUGUUGAUCGAUGAUGUAAUGGAUGAAUCUUCUAAAGAAAGAUUUCCAUUAGAAAUGAGAUCAUUUCGUCUCCAUUCUUUCAUAAAAGAAACAGUUUAUCUUGCAAAGUGUUUGUGUGCUUAUCAAGGCUACGAGUUCACAAUUGAAGUCGAUAAAUCACUACCUGAUAACAUUAUGGGAGACGAGAGAAGGGUUUUUCAGGUCAUCUUGCAUAUGAUUGGGAACCUUUUGAAUCGGGGCCAUGGUGGAGGUGGAGGGUGUUUGAUUUUAAGGAUUUCAACGGAGACUGGAAGUCUUGGGAGGAAUGAACAACGAUGGGCUACAUGGAAAUCAAAUUCUUCUGAUGGUUAUUUGAAUGUAAAGUUUGAGGUCGGGAUUACUGAUAGUACGCCCCAGUUGGAACGUUCUUUUGCCGAUGCCAGAAUUCAAAGUGGUGCAGUCGAGCAAAGUUUGAGCUUCAGUAUGUGCAGAAAGCUUGUGGAGAUGAUGCAAGGUAAGAUCUGGGUAGUCCCAAAUCCCGCAGGAUUUGAUCAAAGUAUGUCGCUUGUUCUUCGGUUUCAACUCCGGCCAUCAAUCGUUACUGGAAUCUUGGAAACCUCGGAAUCCUCAGAGAACAAUCCACCAUCAAACUCUGUCUUCAGAGGCCUUCAAGUCCUGCUAGCCGACGAGGAUGAUGUGAACCGAGCUGUCACACGGAAGCUACUGGAGAAACUCGGCUGCAGUGUGUCAACAGUUGCCACUGGUUCCGAUUGCAUUAUGGCUUUAAAUCAUCCUGUAUUGUCAUACCAGAUGGUCGUUUUGGAUCUUCACAUGCCUGAUCUUGAUGGCUUUGAAAUCGCAUCAAGAAUUCGCAAGACUCGUAGCAGGAACUGGCCUUUGAUCAUAGCCUUGACUGACUUUGCGGAUGAAGAUGUGUGGGACAAAUGCUUACAAAUCGGAAUCAAUGGAGUGAUUCAUAAACCUGUUCUUCUACAAGGGAUCUCAGAUGAACUCAAGAGAGUCUUGAUCCAUGCCAACAAAGUCCAUUGACUUUUAGUCAAAGUCAAAAUGUGUUACUAACAACUCUAACCAAGAAUAGAAAGAUUUUCUUUUUCUUUUCUCAUUUUGUUUACCGUUGCAGGUCUAUUUGAUAUGUAAUAUUUAUAUAUCCUUAUAAAAUUUGUUCAUGCUGAAUUACUUCAA